AUGUCGCAUAGCUAUAAGAUAGCAUAUACCAUCCAAUUUCCUGUCCGCUUUGCGAUUAGUAACUACAAUGUGAUGGAGCCUUUUGUCGGUUACCUUGUGGCUAGCAUAUUGUGCCUCUGUGUCGUGGCUUUAAUUGCUUUCCGGAAUAGAAAUCGCUUAAUGCCUGUGGCUUAUCAAAUUUUGCGAAUACUUCAAAAUACAUGGAAAUAUCUGCUAUAUACAAAUAUUGUUGGACGACAUCGAUAUCUCGGCCCCUGGACCGUGGCUGAAGUCCUGCUACACCUCCUAUACAUUUCGGCAAAUGUACUUGGCGUCGUCUAUCCUCCCAUUUCUGUGCGAGGCCUUACUAGUCGAGCCGGUGCUGUAGCCCUUGUUAAUAUUGGAUUUCUAUGUUGUAGUCUGAAUGUUGACUUUGUGGCGGAGAUCUUUGGCCUGACCCCGAUGAAAUGGAGGCACUUGCACCGCGCGGUGGCCUGGAUGACGGGGACAUUGACCACUGUUCACGUCAUCUCUGCGGUACACCAAGGCUCCACACAGUUGGGACGUGCCAGCUACGUCGGCUCUAUUUUGGGAUUCGUCCUUAUAUUGACGAUACUCAUUGCGUCUGCUAAUCCGCUGAAAUGGUGGAGUGGAUUGUUGGCUUCCAAUUUCCAUGCAUUGUUUGCACUCGUUGCGAUCACUGCCGUAUAUACCCAUAUAGUUGUCGAGACAGGUGUGUCUUGGAAGAUUUUCAUCCUUCCGGGUAUCUUUACUGUAACCCUCUCGAGGGAUGUCUGGUAUUUCCUAUAUAGAAAUGGUAUGCUCAGUGGGAAAGGUUGGACCCGAGUCUCUUUCAUUCGACUUGGGGAUAAUACAACACAGCUCUGUCUAUGCCCGGGCAGACCGGUACAUGUUUACCCUGGUCAGUAUAUCAAGUUGUGGGUUCCAUUCUCCAAACACUCUUCGUGGUGGUACUUCCGGCAAUAUCAUGUCCAGUCGUGGGAACCCACGGCACAGCAGCAGCUGAAGCUCUACGAUCUUCCCAGCGGGUUCAUUUCCAAGAGUCAAAAGAAAAUGUUAUACUUGCAGGAGAGCGCGCCACACCGGGCAUUUUUCACUGGCCCGUACGGCUUACAUCACGAGUACACCCAAUAUGAGACAAUACUGAUAAUAAUUUACGAUUAUGGAAUCCUGUCGGUAUACUCUCAGCUUCAAUAUAUCUACUAUUGUAUUGAGAAUAGGACAUCAAAGGCACGUCGACUGCGCCUGGUGUGGCAGUGGGACAUUAUACCGAAAACGGAAUAUUCUUUCCCUGAAAUCAAGGCCCUUGAAGAAAAAAUCCAUGCGAUACUUAACGAGUUCUCGCAAAAAGUCGGUCUAGACCCUAUCGUGCUCAAGUAUCACCUCGGUAUAUACACCCCUCCAGAAAAGCCGGAAGACGACCGUAUUCUAGAAGGUGAUUUGGCACAGAAAAGGAGACAUACGGAUAGAGAGAGUCUAGAAAGCGCGGUUCGAGAAUAUAUCUGCGAUGAAAAAAGCGACCCCGAAAACAUCCAGCUCCGUAAAGCGGCUCUUCGCCAUAAGAUCAAUACAGUAGAAAUGCAAAUCGCGCCACUGGAAAACAAAAUCGAGCAGUAUGCGGCGCAGAUACGUAUAUUGGAUAGCGUGACUAGCUGGAUAAACACUAAAUUGAAGCAAAAGAUUGAGAAUAGCCCCAUAGAGUGCAGCGUCUACAUUGCCCAGGGUUUGGAAACUUACAGCUCAGGAAGGGCAAAGACGAUAGCGGGUACCGCAGGUGUCAGGUCUAUUUUUGAAAUGGAGGUACAAAAUCACCGAAGACGAAUAGCCGCCGAUGCUCCUGGAACUAGGAGGAACUUUCUUCUCAUGGUCUCUGGUCCCCCUUCUGUACAGGACCUUGUCCGUAAUCUCACAGGCGAGAACUUAGGUGAUGUUGACUUAAAAGAGUUUCAGUAUAUACCUGCUCAUAGGUUUUAG